AUGGAAACAGAAGAUCACCAGCCACUUUCAGGCCCAUUGGUGAGCUCUCAGGAUGGGGAGCGUUCAACCAACCAAACCCUAAGGCCUGUUACCUGUCAACCCUCACAGUGCACUACAGAGACAACGUCCCUCACAACUGAAAUGGACUCUUUCCCCUGUCUACGCCCUCUCUCCCUUCCUCAUCAGGACGGAGAUGACACAGAUGGGCCUGAGGACGUCAUUGUCAUGAUCAAAGAAAAAGCAGAGAAUGGUCACAGCAUACUGUCCUCCCCUACCGACAUCGCUGCUCCUGCCUCGACGUUUUCCUCUCCUCCACGUCGCCACCACUCCAUUCCCCAUUCUCACCAUCCUCACGUGGGUCGGACCCGAAAGGGCAGCAGGUCCAGUUCCAUAGCCUACACGGCGUUUUCCCCUCGCCCCUCGCUCUCACGGCACUCCAGCAUCGCCACCAACCCACCGAUUGAUCGCUCCAAACCCAGAGACUACCUGAUCCUGGCUGUCAUUGCCUGCUUCUGCCCAGUCUGGCCCAUUAACAUCGUUGGAUUUGUUUACUCCAUCAUGUCGCGGAACAGCCUGGAACAGGGAAACAUUGAUGGAGCAAGACGUUUGGGUCGUGUUGCCAAGCUACUCUCGAUGGUGUCACUAGUGGGUGGGACGGUCAUCAUUGUGGCAUGCGCAGUUAAUCUAUCAAUCAAUGUGAAGUCCUGA